CUGCGCCCGCGGUGGGAUGCAGAGGCGGUUGGGAGUGGCCGCGCCCGGCCGCAGCAGUCCACGCCUUCACGCCGCGCACCCGCAGCCUCAGCGCAGGCAGGAUAGGAAGCUUCCUGCCACCUUCCUCCUCCGCAGCCCUCCCCACUCCUUGCCUCGUCCUCCCCCGUACACCUCGACUUCAACUUGCAGCCGAAGAAGCCCAGAGGCGGCGAGCGGCGCGCAUGCGGUUCCCAAUCCCACCUCCUCCCCACUACUACAAGUAGGCCGGGCGGGCAGGCGGGUCCCUCCCAACAAACCCCUCGGGCCCUCCAGUACUCCGCCGCCCGUCGUCCUUCCGCCGCCGCCGCCGCCUCGUCGGGACGGUUCCGUGCGGCGCCGGGACUCCGAGAAUUCCGUCCGGCUGAUCGAUCCGUCCCCAACCCACGAGACCCGAGGCAUUGGUAAUUCGUUGCCCGGUUGGUUGCGCCGUCCGCAAUCCGGCCUCCGCACGCCAACUCGCAACAGAAAAGGAUCUCCUCGACGCGGCUUUCGCGGCCACCGCAGGGGGCACAGCACCGCGCGGACGUACAUACUUGCUACCCCGACUUCGUAGAAGCGAUCCACCCGCCGCCGCCACCGAAGCCGAAUUCCGCGGCGGGAGAUCGUAGCGCGCUGAAGGCGGUGACCAUGGGCGAGGCGGCGCCGCCGGUCCCCGACGGCGACGGCUUCCCGGCGUGGGCGCGGUCCGUGUCCGACUGCGAGGCGCGCCUCGGCGUCUCGGCGUCGCGGGGCCUCUCCCCCGCCGACGCCGCGGCGCGGCUGCGCGCGCGCGGACCCAACGAGCUCGACGAGCACCCGGGCCCGUCGCUGCUGCAGCUCCUCGCGCAGCAGUUCGAGGACACGCUCGUCCGCAUCCUGCUCGCCGCCGCGGCGGUCUCGUUCCUCCUCGCGCUCUUCUCCUCGGCCGGGGAGGUCACGCUCUCCGCCUUCGUCGAGCCGCUCGUCAUCUUCCUCAUCCUCGUCGUCAACGCCGCCGUCGGAAUCUGGCAGGAGACCAACGCCGAGAAGGCGCUCGAGGCGCUGCGGGAGAUCCAGUCCGACCACGCCGCGGUGCUCCGUGACGGGGAGUGGCUCCCCGCGCUCCCCGCCCGGGAACUCGUCCCCGGGGACGUCGUCAAGCUCCGCGUCGGGGACAAGGUGCCCGCCGACAUGCGCGUCGCCAGCCUCGUCACCUCCACGCUCCGCGUCGAGCAGGGCUCGCUCACCGGAGAGACCGCUUCCGUCAACAAGACCUCGCACGCCGUGCCCGUCGAGGAUGCCGACAUCCAGGCCAAGGAGUGCAUGGUCUUCGCCGGCACCACCAUCGUCAACGGCUGCGCCGUCUGCAUCGUCGUGCACACCGGGAUGGCCACCGAGAUCGGCAAGAUCCACGCGCAGAUCCAUGAGGCAUCGCAGGAGGACGACGACACCCCGCUCAAGAAGAAGCUCAACGAGUUUGGCGAGGCGCUCACCAAGAUCAUCGGGCUCAUCUGCGCCCUGGUCUGGCUCAUCAAUGUCAAAUACUUCCUCACAUUUGAGCUUCACGGAUGGGUGCCCAGGAACAUUCGCUUCUCCUUCGAGAAGUGCACCUACUACUUCGAGAUCGCAGUGGCACUUGCUGUUGCCGCCAUACCUGAGGGCCUACCUGCCGUGAUCACCACAUGCCUCGCGCUUGGGACAAGGAAGAUGGCAGCCAAAAAUGCACUGGUGAGGAAGCUGCCGAGUGUGGAGACCCUGGGCUGCACCACCGUGAUUUGCUCGGACAAGACUGGAACGCUGACCACAAACCAGAUGUCAGUGGCAAAACUUGUGGCAAUAGGUGAUUCUUCAGGGGAAGUUAGGAGCUUCAAGGUGGAAGGGACGACCUAUGAUCCCCGGGAUGGGAAAAUUCAUGACUGGCCUGCUGGGAGCAUCGAUGUGAACCUUGAGACGAUCGCAAAGGUUGCAGCUGUGUGCAAUGAUGCCAGCGUGGCACAUUCUUCGCAUCAGUAUGUUGCCACUGGAAUGCCGACCGAGGCAGCUUUAAAGGUUCUGGUUGAGAAAAUGGGUCUGCCUGGAGGAAAGAAUGGACCGUCAUUGGAUCCGUCUGAUACAUUAGGCUGCUGCAAAUGGUGGAACAAUGUUGCCAAAAGGAUUGCCACCCUCGAGUUUGACCGCAUGAGGAAAUCAAUGGGUGUUAUUGUGAGGACCAGUUCAGGAAGCAAUGCACUACUCGUGAAGGGAGCUGUUGAAACUUUGCUUGAGCGAAGUAGCCACGUUCAACUGAAGGAUGGUUUAGUGGUGCCAUUAGAUGAGAAAGCAAAGGAAAUUGUCUUGGCAAGCCUCCAUGAGAUGUCAACCAAAGCUCUACGCUGCCUGGGUUUUGCAUACAAGGAGGAUUUAGCAGAAUUUGCAACAUAUGAUGGCGAAAACCAUCCUGCUCAUAAGCUCUUGCUGGAUCCAGCCAAUUAUGCUGCAAUUGAGACUGACCUAAUUUUUGCUGGUCUUGUCGGCCUAAGGGACCCUCCCAGGGAAGAGGUCUAUGAUGCUAUUGAAGAUUGCAGAGCUGCAGGCAUCCGUGUCAUGGUGAUAACAGGGGACAACAAAGAAACUGCUGAGGCAAUAUGCCGCGAAAUUGGCGUGUUUUCACCUGAUGAGGAUAUCACCUUAAACAGCCUUACAGGGAAGGAGUUCAUGGCACUUGAGGACAAGAAGACACUGCUAAGGAGGAAAGGCGGCCUUCUGUUCUCUAGGGCAGAGCCAAGGCACAAACAAGAGAUUGUGAGAUUGUUGAAAGAAGAUGGUGAAGUUGUCGCCAUGACUGGAGAUGGAGUCAACGAUGCCCCUGCGCUAAAACUGGCUGAUAUUGGUGUUGCUAUGGGCAUUACAGGAACUGAGGUUGCCAAGGAGGCCUCUGACAUGGUGUUGGCUGAUGAUAACUUUAGCACUAUAGUUGCUGCAGUUGGUGAAGGAAGAUCAAUUUACAACAACAUGAAAGCUUUCAUAAGAUACAUGAUUUCCUCAAACAUUGGUGAAGUUGCAUCUAUUUUCCUAACUUCUGCCUUGGGUAUUCCUGAGGGAUUGAUACCUGUUCAACUUCUAUGGGUCAAUCUUGUCACCGAUGGCCCCCCUGCAACUGCUUUAGGUUUCAAUCCGCCUGACAAGGACAUCAUGAAGAAACCACCUAGGAGAAGCGAUGAUUCACUGAUCACUCCCUGGAUUUUGUUCCGCUACCUGAUCAUUGGCCUCUAUGUGGGAAUUGCAACUGUCGGCAUUUUUGUCAUAUGGUACACACAUGGAUCUUUCAUGGGCAUUGACCUCACUGGAGAUGGUCACACUCUUGUCAGUUACUCACAGCUUUCAAACUGGGGCCAGUGCUCUACUUGGGACAACUUCACGGUUUCGCCUUUCACUGCUGGAACCAGAAGUUUCACCUUUGACAACCCAUGCGAGUACUUCCAGGCGGGAAAAGUGAAGGCGACAACACUCUCUCUGUCUGUCCUAGUGGCGAUUGAGAUGUUCAACUCGCUCAAUGCUCUCUCUGAAGACAGCAGUCUGCUCAGUAUGCCUCCUUGGGUCAACCCAUGGCUGCUCGUUGCAAUGUCGGUGUCGUUCGGGCUCCAUUUCUUGAUCCUCUAUGUGCCGUUCCUUGCUACAGUGUUUGGUAUCGUGCCCCUGAGCUUGAAUGAAUGGCUGCUGGUUCUGCUGGUCGCACUACCGGUGGUGCUCAUCGACGAGGUUCUGAAGUUUGUGGGCAGGAGUACAAGCUCUUCAGGUCCCAAGAGGCUGUCGAGGAAGCAGAAGGGCGAGUAACGCUAACAUUGGUUCAGUUCUCAGUUACUAAACCAACCAAUUGAUCAUGUAAAGAUGAUUCUCAAAGGAUGUUCGUUAAACACCAAACUUUUCAAUACAUAGAAAUUGCAGGAAACUAGUUCUCAAACAAGUACCCGUUUUUUUUUUCAGCUUUUGUGCUGUUUCUUGCUUGCUUUUCUCCUAAUGCCUAAAGGCAACAAAUUAGCUUCCUAGUUCUUAAAUUUUACUGGUUAUAAUUGGCAACCUAUUAUCCUGUGAAUUAUGUAGUAUCGAGUCAAGAUGCUAAUUCUCAGUUUUUGACUGCAAUAUGUGUAGCAGUAAUUCAAAAUUA